CGCAGAACGGGAACAUCACGGAGCUGCUGCUGAAGGAGGGCUUUGCCCGCUGUGUGGAUUGGUCCAUCGCCGUCUACACCCGCGGCGCCGACAAACUGCGCGCGGCAGAGAGGUUUGCCAAGGAGCGCAAGCUGAGGAUCUGGAGGGAUUACGUGGCCCCCACGGCAAACCUGGAUCAGAAGGACAAACAGUUCGUGGCCAAGGUGAUGCAGGUGCUCAACGCCGACGCCAUCGUGGUGAAGCUCAACUCCGGGGACUACAAAACCAUCCACCUGUCCAGCAUCCGGCCACCGCGGCUCGAGGGGGACAGCGCCCAGGACAAGAACAGGAAGCUGAGGCCCCUCUACGACAUUCCCUACAUGUUCGAGGCCCGGGAAUUCCUGCGCAAGAAACUCAUCGGGAAGAAGGUACAGGGGGGGCGGAGGAGGCUGGGAUGGGGAUGAG